GCGGGGCUGUGGUGGCCGGAGGCGGCGGCGCGCCGGGCAGGUCCGGGUUCCCCACCCUCCCGAGCAGGCCUGGGAUGGGUAAUGGUGUGAAGGAGAGCUCGGUGGGGCUGCGAGACAAUGCCCAGGCUGUCCUGCCCUCGCCCGUGUCCUCCAAGACUGACCACAGGGAAGUGCUCAACUCCCUGCUGUCCGGGGCCCUGGCGGGCGCGCUCGCCAAGACAGCGGUAGCCCCCUUGGACCGUACGAAGAUCAUCUUCCAAGUGUCUUCGAAAAGGUUUUCUGCCAAGGAGGCCCUGCGGCUCCUCUACUUCACCUACCUCAACGAGGGCUUCCUGAGCCUGUGGCGCGGUAACUCGGCCACCAUGGUGCGCGUGGUGCCCUACGCCGCCAUCCAGUUCAGCGCGCACGAGGAGUACAAGCGGGUCCUGGGCCGCUACUACGGCUUCCGGGGAGAGGCCCUGCCGCCUUGGCCUCGCCUGCUGGCCGGCGCCCUGGCUGGAACCACAGCCGCGUCCCUCACCUACCCCCUGGACCUGGUCAGAGCCCGGAUGGCCGUAACCCCCAAGGAAAUGUACAGCAACAUCUUCCACGUCUUCAUCCGCAUCUCGCGUGAGGAGGGCCUCAAGACGCUGUACCACGGCUUCACACCCACGGUGCUCGGCGUCAUCCCGUAUGCCGGGCUCAGCUUCUUCACCUACGAGACGCUCAAGACCCUGCACCGAGAGUACAGCGGCCGGCCGCAGCCCUACCCGGUCGAGCGUAUGAUCUUCGGGGCGUGCGCGGGCCUCAUCGGGCAGUCCGCGUCCUACCCGCUGGACGUGGUGCGGCGGCGCAUGCAGACGGCGGGCGUCACGGGCCACCCGCGCGCCUCCAUCGUGGGCACGCUGCGCAGCAUUGUGCGGGAGGAGGGCGCGGUGCGCGGCCUGUACAAGGGCCUGAGCAUGAACUGGCUCAAGGGCCCCAUCGCCGUGGGCAUCAGCUUCACCACCUUCGACCUCACGCAGAUCCUGCUGAGGCGCCUGCAGAGCUAGGGGGUCGGGGACCCUCGGUGGAACGCAGGGCCCGCCCGGCCCGGAUCGUGCAAUGUGGGUGGAUGGAGAGUGGGGCACGGCCUGCAAGGUCAGCCCUGCCCCCGGCUCCAGGACCCAGAACGCUUCUGCUGCUAAGUGCCCCUGGUCCAGCCGGCUCAGAGCCGCCUCUUCCUUCCCUCCUCCUGCCUGGCCUCCAGGUGGCCGGGCACCGCUCCCUGCAGCAGCCGGACUCUGCCCACCACGGCAGGAGCCUCGGGCUCAGCUUCAGCUCCGAAUGCAGCCCCCAGCAGCGGGCCCAGGGGACAGCACCCUGGCCCAUCCACACGCCCUGAGGUCCCCAGGCUUGGCAGGGUCCUGGGCUGAAGGCCUCCAUGCAGGAUGGUGGGGGGGCUCCCCAAGGCUGCGGAGACUAACCCUGCCCAUGAUGCACCCCCUGCCUGGGGUUCCUGGAGGUAGCUGGGUGGCGUUUCCCAACCUGGCUGACCCCGUGGUCUGCUCCUGGCCCUGGCCACCUUGCAGACCUGCCCAGGGACCCCCCCAUCCCCACCUAUCUCAGCUGCACUUCUUGCCUCACAGCCCAGGGGUGUGGGUGGAGACCCCUCCCAGGGCCCCCCACUACCUGCAGGGGCUCUGGUGAGCACCCCAAGCAAGUGUGGGGGUCUGCCAAGGCCCCUAGGGCCUGCUGACCG